UUAGUACCUGAUCCUUUCCUUUAGUGAAGUUAGGUGGGAUCUCAUGAAGGAAAAGUCCUCUGCUGAGAUGCAAAACCUGGGUCCACAAACGUCCUACUCGUGCAUUGCACACAAAGCAAGCAUAAAGCCAGUCUGUGCAUGAAUUAUGCACAUUUCUUGCCUCUCCAUCAUUCUGCUAAUUUCCCAAGAACAAUCUCCGAAGAAGAAGGCAUCAAAGUUUGAUGCCAGGAAGCAACCCAGUCCUGCUCCAAUUUCCAAUAGAACCACUGCAUUGGCUGCAGAAUCAGAGAAAACAAGAGAUAAGUACAUUACUGAAACAACAACAGCAACUCGGAAAGAAACUGGCAAUGGCAAUGGGAAUGGAAACAUUCAGGCACAGACAUUUACGUUCAGAGACCUGGCUUCAGCUACAAAAAACUUCCGGCCUGAUUGCCUGCUUGGCGAAGGAGGAUUUGGAAGAGUUUAUAAAGGUCGACUUCAAAGCACUGGGCAGCUUGUUGCUGUUAAACAGCUUGACAGAAAUGGCUUGCAAGGCAAUAGAGAAUUUCUUGUUGAGGUUUUGAUGCUCAGUCUUCUGCAUCAUCCAAACCUUGUUAACCUUAUUGGUUAUUGUGCUGACGGAGAUCAGAGACUAUUGGUGUAUGAAUUUAUGGCCAGGGGAUCUCUAGAAGACCAUUUGCUUGAUAUUCCACUGGAUCAAAAACCGUUAAACUGGCACACAAGAAUGAAAAUUGCUCAUGGUGCUGCAAAAGGUCUUGAGUAUUUGCACGACAAAGCCAAUCCGCCUGUUAUAUACCGCGAUCUUAAAUCACCGAAUAUAUUGCUUGACAGAGAUUUCAAUCCAAAGCUCUCAGAUUUCGGUCUUGCUAAGCUCAGUCCGGUCGGUGAUAAUGUUCAUGUGUCCUCAAGGGUGAUGGGAACCUAUGGAUACUGUGCACCGGAAUAUGCAAGAACCGGGCAGCUGACUGUAAAAUCAGAUGUUUACAGUUUCGGAGUUGUAAUGCUGGAGAUAAUCACUGGAAGGCGAGCCAUUGACACUAGCAGGCCGAUGCACGAGCAGAACCUCACAACUUGGGCGCAACCGAUGUUCAAAGACCAGAAGAGAUUUCCGGAGCUUGUGGAUCCAUUGCUGCGAGGAGAGUACCCAGGAAGGGCAUUGAAUCAAGCAGUAGCUGUGGCUGCAAUGUGCCUACAGGAGGAUCCAUUGGUGCGGCCGAUGAUGGCUGAUGUUGUUAUGGCUCUUAAUGUCCUCGCAACUGGAUGUGAAGAUAAUGUUGGAAGAUCUUCUCCUUCAUUCCGCCUGUCCCUGCAAAACGAGGAACAAAUACAAGAACAACAGAUGACAGAUUAUGACAGUGAUGCGGAGCGCAGGCAUGCCGUUGCGCAGGCCAUUCGAUGGGGUUCCAGUAAUUCCAGAAAUAGCAAGCAUUUGCAGACAUGAAGAUCAUCCUGCAGUCUCUAUGUAUAAGAGUACAUAUUUCUGAUCCCUGUUUCAACAUUUUGUAUAAUUUCUUGUCCACGUUGAGUGUAGUAUAUUAUUUUGGAAUUUGUCCACAGAAUGACAAAUUUACAAUGAGCUGUGAAUAUAAGCUUCCGCAUAAAGAACUCAUGAUACAAAUUCAACAUAUACCAAAACUAUCAUAGAUAAUCAAAGAGAACAAAUUGCGGCAAAAAAAA